AUGAAUUUUGCUGGUGCCAACAACAACAACACACCUACUCCUACGCCAUCUACUAGAGAAUCCACCCCCAGUUCUUCUACUCUAAAAGCCAUAAAUAGAGGAAAAUAUGAUCCGGCAUGGGCACAUUGCAAGGAAGUACCGUCAGCAAAUGGAAGGAAGGGCAUGCUAUGCUUGUACUGCUCAAAAGUUCUCUCCGAUGGUGGUAUAAAUCAGUUUAAACAACAUUUGGCGGGAUUAAAAGGGAAUGCAGAGGCCUGUCACAAGGUACCAGAUCCUAUUCGAUUUGAAAUUCAAGAACAUCUGGUUGGGCACAUGAUGGAAAAUAAAAGGAAGCGUGAUAUGUUAGAUGAGGAAAACCCAUAUGCUCAAACCUCCGAGCAUGAUGAUGAGAUACAAGCAAUCAAUGCCAUUGCUAGCAUGGGGGCAGGUUAUAAAGGUCCGGGCUUUCAUGAUCUUCCGGGAUACUUAUUGACAAAAAAUGUUGAGGAUGUGAGAAAAGAGGUGGUCCUAUUUGUUAGUCAAGAGAAUGUUGUUCACUUUGUGACUGAUAAUGCUGUUAAUUAUGUGGCUGUUGGUCGCUUGUUGGAGCAGGAGUUCAAGAUGAUAUUUUGGUCUCAUUGCAUAGUGUAG